ACCCCCCUUUCCUCCACAAAGGUUGAAAAAAAUGAUGAGGACCAAAAGAUCGAACAAGAUGGCAUCAAACCAGAAGAUAAAGCUCAUAAGGCCGCGACCAAAAUUCAGGCUAGCUUCCGUGGACACAUAACAAGGAAAAAGCUCAAAGGAGAGAAGAAGGGUGAUGCCCAAGCUGCUGAGGCUGAAGGGAAUGAGAAGGAUGAAGCCCCUGUUGCUGACGGUGUGGAGAAGAAGGAGGGAGAAGGUCCCACUCCCACUGACGGGGCCCCUGCCUCUGGCCCCAAGCCUGAGGAAACCGGCAAGGCAGGCGAAACUCCUUCCGAGGAGAAGAAGGGGGAGGGCACCCCUGAUGCUGCCACAGAGCAGGCAGCCCCCCAGGCUCCUGUCCCCUCAGAGGAGAAGGCCGGCUCUGCUGAGACAGAAAGUGCCACUAAAGCUUCCACUGACAACUCGCCGUCCUCCAAGGCCGAAGACGCCCCAGCCAAGGAGGAGCCUAAACAAGCCGACGUGCCUGCUGCUGUCACUGCUGCUGCUGCCGCCACCACCCCUGCUGCAGAGGAUGCUGCUGCCAAGGCAACAGCCCAGCCUCCAACGGAUGCUGUGGAGAGCAGCCAAGCCGAGGAGAAGAUAGAAGCUGUAGAUGAAACCAAACCUAAGGAAAGUGCCCGGCAGGAUGAGGGUAAAGGAGAAGAACGUGAGGCGGACCAAGAACAUGCCUGAACUUUAAGAAAUGGCUUUCCACGUCCCCACUCUCCCCUCUCCUGAACCCUGUCUCUCCCCAUCCCUCUUCUCAACUCCACUCUGAAGUUCCCCUUCCUGUCCUGCUCACGUCCGUGAGUCUGUCCUCUCCUACCCACUAGCCCUCUUUCUCUCUGUGUGGCAAACAUUUAAAAAAAAAAAAAAAAGCAGGAAAGAUCCCAAGUCAAACAGUGUGGCUUAAACAUUUUUUGUUUCUUGGUGUUGUUAUGGCGAGUUUUUGGUAAUGAUGAUCCAAUCAUUUCGGGAAAUUCUUGCACUGUAUCCAAGUUUUUUGAUCUGGUGCGUGUGGCCCUGUGGGAGUCCACUUUCCUCUCUAUCUCUCUCUGUUCCAAGUGUGUGUGCAAUGUUCCGUUCAUCUGAGGAGUCCAAAAUAUCGAGUGAAUUCAAAACCAUUUUUCUUUUCCUCCUUUUAAUGUGAUGGAAUGAACAAAAAGGAAAAAAAUCAAAAACCCAGUUUGUUUUGAAAAUAAAUAAAUAAAUACAUAAAUAAAAUAAAGCAAAUGUGCCAAUUAGCGUAACUUGCGGCUCUAAGGCUCCUUUUUCAAUCU